CUUAACCAUCAACGACGCGAUGCCCCUUCAAUAUCAGAAGAGUCCAUCCGCAAUCCCACUAACACAACAUCACAAACGCGCUUCACCCAAACUUCGACAACCCACGCUUCCGCAACCACAUUGGCCCCGACCUUCAUGCAGGUGACGGGCCACCCAAUAUCCGGACCUCUAGCUACCCCUCCACCCGGUCCUCCCAUUGGUCGCCGGCGGCCGGCGCUUCGUGGUCCCACUUUCAGGGACCCGAGCCAGGACCAGGUGCCAGGCCCGAACGGCCCGCUCCUUGCAAGGAUCCCCGUCUUUCCAUUCCUUUGUGGCAUUUCUCCCGUUGCUUUCAGUUUCCUGGUGCGCGGCAAAACGCCGUUUCUGCGGCCGGAACCAACCAGCCAGACCCUGAAUGCUAAGUGA